CCGUCAUCUCCUGCACCGGUCCAGGGUUUGCACUUUGUUUUAGACAUUCGGAACCAUGUUCUAUGCCCACUUUGUUCUGAGCAAACGUGGGCCGCUGGCCAAAAUCUGGCUGGCGGCCCACUGGGAUAAGAAGCUAACCAAAGCUCAUGUUUUUGAAUGUAAUCUGGAGAGCAGUGUGGAGAGUAUCAUUUCACCAAAGGUGAAGAUGGCACUUCGAACCUCAGGACAUCUCUUGCUAGGCGUUGUUAGAAUCUACCACAGGAAAGCAAAAUAUCUUCUUGCAGACUGUAAUGAGGCUUUCAUUAAGAUUAAGAUGGCUUUUCGUCCAGGGGUUGUCGAUUUGCCUGAGGAAAACAGGGAGGCUGCUUACAAUGCUAUUACAUUACCUGAGGAAUUUCAUGAUUUUGACCAGCCACUUCCUGAUCUAGAUGAUAUUGAUGUGGCCCAGCAGUUCAGUUUGAACCAGAGUAGAGUGGAAGAAAUUACAAUGAGAGAAGAAGUAGGCAACAUCAGUAUCCUCCAGGAUAAUGACUUUGGUGACUUUGGGAUGGAUGAUCGUGAGAUGAUGAGAGAAGGUAGUGCGUUUGAGGAUGACAUGCUAGUGAGCACCAGUGCUUCCAAUCUCUUACUGGAGCCCGAACAGAGCACCAGUCACCUCAAUGAGAAAUCUAAUCACCUGGAAUAUGAAGACCAAUACAAGGAUGAUAAUUUUGGAGAAGGAAACGAUGGUGGAAUAUUGGAUGACAAACUUCUCAGCAAUAAUGAUGGUGGUAUCUUUGAUGACCCUCCUGCACUCUCAGAAAGUGGAGUAACAAUGCCAGAGCAACCUCCCCAUGAUGAUAUGGAUGAUGAUGAUAAUGUAUCAAUGGGCGGACCAGACAGUCCUGACUCAGUAGAUCCAGUUGAACCAUUACCAACUAUGACUGAUCAGACAACACUUGUUCCCAAUGAAGAGGAAGCUUUUGCUCUGGAGCCAAUUGACAUAACUGUCAAGGAAACCAAGGCAAAGAGGAAGAGAAAGCUGAUUGUGGACAGUGUGAAAGAACUGGACAGCAAGACUAUUCGAGCCCAAUUAAGUGACUACUCUGAUAUUGUUACUACUUUGGACUUGGCACCUCCUACUAAGAAACUGAUGAUGUGGAAAGAAACAGGUGGAGUUGAAAAGCUUUUCUCUCUGCCCGCACAGCCUUUGUGGAACAACAGGCUACUGAAGCUCUUCACACGUUGUCUAACACCCUUGGUACCAGAAGACCUAAGAAAGAGAAGGAAAGGUGGAGAAGCUGACAACCUUGAUGAGUUCCUUAAAGACUUCGAAAACCCAGAGGUUCCCAGAGAGGAGCAGCAACAACAGCAACAGCAACAAAGAGAUGUCAUUGAUGAACCUAUUCUGGAAGAACCAAGUCGUUUGCAAGAAUCAAUGAUGGAAGGCAGCAGAACCAACCUGGAUGAAUCUGUUAUGCCACCCCCACCGCCUCAGACAGGUGUUAAACGCAAGCUGCAGCAAGUAGAACCAGAGCCAGCGUUACCUCAUCCACCAGCACAACAGCUGGAAAUACCACCUGUAGAAAUGCCUCCAGAGGAGCCCCAAAACAUCUGCCAACUAAUACCAGAGCUGGAACUUCUGCCAGAAAAAGAGAAGGAGAAGGAAAAAGAGAAGGAGGAAGAGGAAGAAGAGGAGGAAGAAGAUGGCACAGGGGGUGAUCAGGACCAAGAAGAGAGGAGAUGGAACAAGAGGACUCAACAGAUGCUUCAUGGACUUCAGAGAGCUCUCGCUAAAACUGGAGCAGAAUCUAUCAGCUUGCUUGAGCUGUGCAGAAAUACGAAUAGAAAACAAGCAGCUGCAAAAUUCUACAGUUUCCUGGUACUUAAAAAACAGCAAGCUAUAGAGCUGACACAGGAGGAGCCUUACAGUGACAUCAUUGCAACACCUGGUCCCAGAUUUCAUAUUAUUUGAAUGGUUAGAAUAGAGGUGAGCUAGUGUUUGUUUCACUAGUGCGUACAUGUAUUGCCCCAUCUGUAGGGCCCACAAGAUCAUUGCAGAGAAUUUAGAUUUUACUGUCUGUAUAAAGUCCUUGGUUUUUCGGGUUAUUUUGGUUUUUGUAUUUUAAAUUUACUACUUUAAACUUGUUGUGAAACUGCUGGGGUGGGUGGCUUCAGUUCCAAGUGCAGAAACCAGACGACUCAAGGACCCAGAUGGAGAUUUAACAACUGAGCAGUUGUGUGCAAUAUUGGUGCAUGUAAUGUUGAAUAUCAAUGAAACAUCUUACGAUGAUUUGACUAGUUGAUUCAGUACUUUUAACCUAUACAAGUAAGCCUGAAUGGCCAACCUGUUGUCUGAUCAAAAACUUUGCCAAAUUCAUCUAAAAUGUUCUGUCUGCUUCUCAUAGUAGUGGGUUUUUUCCUCCCGUUCUUUAGAUCUUUGUGCAUACUGUGGGUCUUUAAAGCUGCCAGUAUAAAAGGUAGUGCCUGAUAUGUCAGCUUGCUUUGUCACUGCAUUUUUGCAGUCAGGUGUUUGUAGCCCUUGAUGCUAAAGGGAAAUGGGUGUCUGUGGAAAGCACUUCCUCUACAUGAUACAAUUGUGUACAUGAAAGGAUGGAGUGUGUUAAGCGUAUUAGAUGAAACAUUCCUUUUCACCUCGUCAUGGUCCACUACUGAUAAUGGCUAAUUACUGUUAAGUAAGCAUCAAUUAAAAAUUCUCGUCAUUUCAUUUAAACCUUGAAGACAUCAAAAUGGACUUCUAGAUUGUAAAUUAUCUGAUGUUAAAUAAAUGGGCAGAAGAUAAGAAUAAGAGAAGUUGACCAGGCUGCUUUUGUAAAGAUGCUAAAUUCUGAUACCACCUGUACUGAAAGGGCAACAAACUUCAAUCUACAGUGCAGACAGGCACAGUUCCACUUAAUUGUGUGGUGUUUUAUUGGCUCUUUGGAUAUAUUUAUGAUUUUAGUAUAAUUUUUUCCCAAUAAUGCACACUGCUGUGUUCGAAAUGUUUUAUCAGUUUUGCAAAAGAAGUCCCGUUUGAUUUUACUUACAAAGAAUGGAACUUUACUGUUAGAGCAGGUAGCACCAGAAAUUAUGUGAAUAUGUUGAUUAUGGAAACCUGUCUUAACUUUUUUUUAGGGCAAAAUUAUUCACACAGAACGUUCUGGUUUUAAUGUUGGCACUUUGUGAAAUAAUUUUGGGAUUCUAAAAUUUCAGUGUAUACUCAACUGUAAAAUUAUGUGAAUGUUUAAAAAAGAAGAAAUCUGAGACUACACGAUGACCAUGUUUUAAUAAUCCUUGGAAAAGUUAAUUGUAUAAAGUUACUGCAGCUUUAUUUUCAACAUGUGCCUGUAAAACCAUGGUUUUCCCCCUUGUAAAAAGAGACAUUGUAGAUAACUUGAAUGUUUAAUUAUAGAAAGGGUCAUUAGUUUCUUGUUACACGUUUUUAGUCCGUUUUUGUUGCUUUUCAAGGUUAAUAUUCUUGAAUAUA